AUGCCUGGAGAUGAUUCAUCUUCAACCUCCACGGCCAUACUUGCCACACCCACCGCGGCCAUACCCGCUCAUUCUCCAUACUUCUUACACUCAUCGGAUCAGCCCGGCACUCCUCUCAUCGCUCCCAUCCUUGAUGGUGACAAUUUUCCGACCUGGCAUCAUGCUAUGGUCAUGGCGCUGGAGGCUAAGAACAAACUGCAGUUCCUCGAUGGUUCUUUGCCUAAACCUGCUUCUGACUCUCCUGAUCUCCCGCAAUGGACUCGCUGCAAUAGCAUGGUGAGAUCUUGGAUUGUUCACUCCAUUGUUCCUAAUAUUGCUCACAGCAUACUAUGGAUCGACUCGGCUCGUGAUGCCUGGCUCGAUCUUCAUGAUCGAUUUUCCCAACAUAAUGCACCCCGGAUUUUUGAAAUCCGCAGGUCCAUCUCCACUUUGAAUCAGGGUCUUGACUCCAUUUCUGCAUAUUAUACCAACAUGAAGAGUCUUCGUGAUGAGCUUUCCUCAUACUGA